GGGCAUCUGUGAACCACUCGGCUACGUCAACACCGCAGUCUCGCAAGCACACCCACCGCAGAACGCCCUGCUGCGUUAGCUAGCUACGUUUCACCAGACCUGACAUUGAAGCCAAGGCUCCCUCGGCGCCAGUGGAACGCAGCAUGGCCGUAGCGGUUCCGCUGGACCCAGACCUGUUGCGGGAGGUGCUGGAGUGUCCUAUCUGCCUGGAGACGUACGACCAGGAGCAGCUGCGGGCCAAGCUGCUGCAGUGUGGCCACACGGUGUGCCGUCAGUGCCUGGAGAAGCUGCUGGCCAGCACCAUCAACGGAGUGCGCUGCCCCUUCUGCAGCAAGGUGUCGCGCAUGAGUAGCAUCUCGCAGCUGGCCGACAACCUGACCGUGCUGAAGAUCAUCGACUGCGCCGCGUCCUGCGGCGGACCCAGCGUCCUGCUCAUGUGCAAGGCGUGCCGCAACAGGCUGCCGCGGCAGUACUGCCGAGACUGCGGCCUGGUGCUGUGCGACUCGUGCAAGUCCGAGGGACAUCAGCAGCAGGGUCACUCCGUCCAGAGCAUCCGCGCCGCCGCCGAGCAACACCGCAAGGAGCUGGGCGGCCGGCUAGCAGCGCUCCGCGACACCAUGGCUGGCAUUCAGAAGAAGAAGGCGGCCAUCGACAGCGUGGCCAAGUCGCUGCGGUUGAAGUACAAGGCGGUCCAGCAGGAGUACGCGCGCGCAGAGCUGCGUCUGCAGGAGGAGUUGGGCCGGUCCAGACGAGCCUUCGCCGCCUCCAUGGCCGAGGUGGAGAAGCUGAACGCACAGAGCCUGGAGGAGCAGACGUACCUGCUGAACAUCGCCGAAGUGCAGGUGGUGUCGCGCUGCGACUACCUGACCACGCGCAUCAAGCAGUCGGACAUCGCCCUGCUGGAGGACGGCGGCUGUGCGGGCGCGAGCGGAGGAGGAGGGGACGACGAGGACGAGCCCGAGCUCAAAGCCAGCCUGCCGCUGCUGCUCAAGCUGCAGGACCCCGAGCUGGUCAAGAUGGAGCACGCGAAGCCGCUGGACGUGUGUCAGCUGACCACCAAGCCGUGCACCGUCAACAUGGACGAGGAGGACGGGCAGGAGCUGGUCGCUGCGGCAACGGCCGCCUCGGCGCCGCUCGACCUCUACCGCGACAUCGACAUGAUGGCGGCUGCGGAGGAGGCGGCGUGCGCGUCCCCCGGGAGCUACAAGUCCAAGUCGGUGGACGGCGGGGCGUCCGGCGGUGCCACAGGGUCAUCUUCGUCCUCCUCGGGCACGCAGCUCUGCCAGUUCGUGAAGAAGAUGGGGUGCAAGGGCAACCUGCCGGGCAUGUUCAACCUGCCGGUCAGCGUGUGCGUCACGCCGCAGGGCGAGGUCCUGGUGGCUGACCGCGGAAACUACCGCAUCCAGAUCUUCAACCGCAAGGGCUUCCAGCGCGAGAUCCGCCGCAACCCCAGCAGCAUCGACAACUUCGUGCUGAGCUUCCUGGGCGCCGACCUGCCCAACCUCAUCCCACUGUCCAUCGCCAUCACCCAGCAGGGCCUCAUCGGCGUCACCGACAACUACGACAACUCCGUCAAGGUCUACACCACCGACGGGCACUGCGUGGCCUGCCACAAGAACCAGCUGAUCAAGCCGUGGGGCAUCGCUGCCAUGCCCUCCGGUCAGUUCGUGGUGUCCGACGUGGAGGGCGGCAAGCUCUGGUGCCUGGCGGUGGACCGCAACGUGGGCGUGGUCAACUACAACCGGCUGUGCUCGGCGGUGCGGCCCAAGUUCGUGACGUGCGACCCCACAGGGACGGUGUACUUCACGCAGGGCCUCGGCCUGAACAUCGAGAACCGCCACAACGAGCACCACCUGGAGGGCGGCUUCUCCAUCGGCUCGGUCGGCACGGACGGUCAGCUGGGCCGGCAGCUCAGCCACUUCUUCUCCGAGACGGAGGACUUCCGCUGCAUCACCGGCAUGUGCGUGGACGCCAACGGAGACCUGAUCGUGACGGACAGCGGCCGGCGCGAGAUCCUGCAGUUCCCCAGGGAGGGCGGCUACAAUGUGCUCAUCCAGGAGGGCCUCACCUGCCCUGUGGGCGUGGCCGUCACGCAGAAGGGGCAGCUGCUCGUGCUGGACUGCUGGGACCACUGCGUCAAGGUGUACACUUACCUGCAGAGACGGCGCUCCUCCACCUGCUAAAGGUGGACUCCCACACCACUCCUCCACCUGCUAAAGGUGGACACGUGAACUUGCCCCAGACCCAACUCCUACACCUGCUGCAGGUGGACACAUUCUUAUAGAGAAGACUGCACUCUUACAUCUGCUAAAACUCAGCCAGGAGGGGUUGUGUGUGUGUGUGUGUGUUGGGUGG